AUGGGCCUACUUCUCGCCAACCUGACCUCUGUGUAUGAUUUGGAUAGGUCCGAGGUACUGCUUCUGGAUCUAUUCACCUUCAUUCCAGGCACGUUGUCGAUGAUGAGCGGGUUUUUGUCCAUUUAUUGGUACUUCAAUAUUCACGUCUCGAGGAAAACUUUUCGACACAAGCUCAUAUUGUACCUGAUGCUUGGAAACACCAUUCGGGGAUGCAUCCAUUUCAUCUACCCGAUCUUGUCGUUGUCUGCUUUGUCGCGACAUUCGUAUCAGUGUGCAUUUUUCACCGAGCUACAUUUUGCAACCUGCGACGUAUUUGGCUAUCUAUUGAACAGUUCGUUUGUCUGUGGCGACGUAAUCAUCAUUGUGACUGCCCUGCACUCGCUGCUGCUGAUAAUUCGACCGCAGGACGCCAGAGUGUAUCGAGCUUCGAAAUCGCACCCGUGGAAAGGCCGUCUACGACUUGUAUUUAAAGCCGAAAAAAAUAACAUCCCAGAGUCCCUCGCGCUGCUCCAGGACGGAUAUCUGGAAACUCAAACGUACACCUACAGACAGGAGGCUGGACUGUAUAGAUACGACCCUUUGAUUCUACUCGGAUGCAUGGUUGCAAUUCCCUGUACGCUUUCGUCGUUCGCGUUUGUGGACGGAAGCCGCUACGACAACUACAUCUCGUUCUGCUACUUGCCUGCAAACCCGGUCUGGAUCCGGAUCCUGGGCUCGUGGGGCCUGCGCCUGUUUGCCUUUGUCAUCAUUCUUGUGUGCUACUUCACCAUAUAUGUGUACAUCUAUGCCAGCUACCAGAAACUGAGCGCCCACCACGAACGGCUUUUGAACGUCAAUAAACACAAACCCAGGCUUCAGUCGCUCCGGGCGUUUCUGUUUGGAGUUUACUACUCUAUCUUCGACAUCUCCAUGAAAAACCAGUCAAGUAUGUUUGUUGAAGCUACCCCAACUAAUCAAACCCCAAUGGUUCUAGAGACCGACCAAAAUGUGACACCCAUGAACUCACAGAUCCCACAGAUCCACUCAGACUCUCCAAUUGCCCAGACCCAAAGAGAACUGGCCAUAGAGGUGUUUGAGAAAUCCGUGCAGGAUUUCAACGACCGCAAAAAGAGCUCGCUCAGAGCCCUUAAGUUCAUUUUCAUUUACCCCCUAACGUACAUGAUAGUUUGGGUGGUUCCUCUAAUAGCCCAGAUCCUGCGUUUCAGAAGACAGAAACAACCCUUGGCACUGCUAUGUGUGGUGUCCUUUUUCCAGUCAAUAGACGGACUAAUCCAGGUACUCGUUUUCUGUUUUCGUGAAAAACCAUGGAAGCUCGCAUCGAAACUGCAAGAGCAACAGCCCGCUCCGCCACCACUUGUGAACUCGCCAGCCUCCGGAAACGGGUCGCAGGUCGACCUGGUUGCAAUGUUGAAAGCAGCUUCGUAG